CAACGCAUUCUGGAUGCGCUGGAGAUGCAACAUAAUGCUGAAGCUGAAAAUGCUACACUGCGAGGCAUCAAGCCUAGACCACAGUUCCAGAGUGGGCAACUAACAGCAAUUGGUACUGCACCAUCAGGAACUGGCAUCCGAAGACCAACAAACCGUUUACACCCACGUGCUGAUACAUCGCCAUUUGGUUCUAACUCUCCAUCUAGUACUUGUUCAUCUCCUCCUGCAAACCAGCUUCACGCUGGCCAACUCUUGCCCCCUACGUUACCACUGACUCCGCCUCAAAGUGCUCCUCCACAGAAGUUCUCACCUGGAUUCUUCCGAGGAAGGAGUCGUUCUCCGGGCGAGCGCUUAGAACCACAACGAACGCGAGCACUUGCAAAUAAAAUAGCCCAUGAGGAUUGGGAGAUAGAUGAGAAGCAGAUAACACUGCAGUGCAAGGUGGGAUCAGGCUCUUUUGGGACUGUAUACCGCGGUGAGUACUUCGGUCUUGUCGCGGUCAAGAAGCUCAACGUUGGCGAGCCGACUCUGCAGCAGUUGCAGGCAUUUAAAAAUGAGGUGGCUGUAUUGAAAAAAACCCGUCAUCUGAACGUGCUCUUAUUCAUGGGAUGGGUUCGCGAACCUUCUCUGGCCAUUGUAACUCAAUGGUGUGAAGGCAGUAGUUUGUACAAGCAUAUCCAUGUAGUUGGUAUGUAUCUGAAAACCACUUUCUAA